AUGACGAUUGCAGGGGAUACUUUGAAAACCAACAUCACCACAUUAAGCGCUCUUGUACUUCCAACAUCUGAGCAGUUGCUAUUCUUUGCAAUAUUGGUUGCCAGGACACUUUUAAAGACGAAAGUCAAAGCAUAUAUUUUAGAUUUCAAGCUUGCAUUUGAACAUUUUUGCAUUCACGCAGGAGACAGGGCUGUUUUAGAUGAGUUGAAUAAGAACUUGCAGCUAUCUCCAUGGUAUGAAUUGGCUUACACAGAAGCUAACGGACGGGUCAAGAAGGGUGAUAGAGUAUGGCAAAUAGCAUUUAGUUUUGAAUUUAAGUGCAAUAGUGCAGUAUAA